AUGCCACCCCCCGAUACGGGCCCUGCCCCGCCGCAUAACGCUCACGGUAUCUAUGAAACUGGUCCAUGGCGCCCUCCAUAUGCUCAUGCCCAUUACGACCAUGCGCCAGACCCGCGGCGCCCGCCUCCACCGCCGGCGGGACCGUCUCAUGUACCACCACCGCAAGGAUAUCCAGUUAUCCCAAACCGAGAACUGCCACAACCUCCCCUCGACGGCCCCUACGGCCGCCCUAAUAGCCUGCCAGCACACGCGCACCCGGACCCAGGCGCCUCAGCACACCCCGGUUAUCGCCCGCCAAAUGGACUUCCUCACGAGGUAUCCCCUCACUCCGCACCACCGGAAUUUCGUUCGCGCAUGGGCUUUGCACCUCCAGAGCCCCCGGGUACUAAUGAGUCCUCUCCUACCUCUGCUUCCAUCCCGCAAACAACACAGUACAUGCCAUCCGGCCCCUCGAUCCCAGCUAGUACCCCCGUUGCUACGGGCACACCUAUCCCGUACGACUCUGCAUACCCACAAAACCCGGCCUAUGGCGCGCGCAUUCGCAAGGCUGCCCGCGCACAGCAAGCAUGCGACCAGUGUCGAGCCAGGAAAGCCAAAUGUGAUGAAGGGCGGCCGGCUUGCAGUCAUUGUAAGGAGAACAACCUAAUCUGCGUUUACAAAGAAGUGCCGCCGCACAAACAAGAGAAAACAACCCAGAUCAUUCUUGACAAGUUGAUGGAAUUGGAAGACAAGUUCAUGGAACGGUUUAGCAACCUUGACAGGCAAGGGUCAAUCCAUGAAAGAACGCUGGGUGAAUUUAGCAAGGGAAUGCGCUCCUCGGUGCCUCCGCGUGACACCCCCCUAAAGAUGGAGCCAACGACUCUGCCGACAGAGAUGCUGGAUGAAAAGCCAGGCUCUUUCGCGUCACAGGCUCUAGCUAAGGCUGAUCCAACCGCAACAAGUUUUGAUGAGCAAGCAAACGGCCAGGAUAACGAAGGCGAACUGUCAAUCCCAGUGGAACAUACAACAGCGGCUCAUAAGCUUCUCAUGUGGCCAUCUAUUAAAAGUCUCAUCCGGGACCCUGGGUACGACGAAGACUAUGUUAUGCAAUUGGAAAAGGAUCGGCCGAUCACGAGUGUCUUUGGUGAAGGUGAAAGCUCAUUCUCAUCUGGUUUCCUCUCGUGGGUGAUGGCGCGAAACCGCAUGGCUGGAAAUGAAAAGCUUGAGACUCCUGGGACAGUGCUCCCUGAUGACUUGCUCCCAGAGCCUGAGAUUGACGAUAACAAUUGGCCAUCAUUACCAUGCACAAGCUCCACCCCUUCCUGGACCAGCCAAGUUUAUGGCAGAUUUUUACUGACUACACACGGCGGCAUUGCACUGGCUGUCCAGUGCCCUCCAAUGGCUACUGCCGCGAAAACUCUCGAGGUGCGAAACGUAAGCGAUCUUAUGGUGACUUGCAAGGCCCCCCGGGGUGCCCCACCUGCUCCGUCUUUGAGCCCUUUCCAGGAGAAUGACACGAUCAAGGUCCACGAGAGUCGACACAGCAACCUCAACCCUAGCGACGAGAUGAAUAUUGAUAACGCAAUAAUUCUCUUGGUCUUUGCCUUGGGUGCCAUUUGUGAAACCCCUCAUCCUUUACCAGGGCCGGCGGGGCCACUUGAUUACCACGACCAAUACAUUCCUGGACCUUCUCAGCCCAAGAAGCCUAAACCGAAUGGUAUUCAGGCGGCGAAUGGGGUUCUCUCUCCUGCCAACUCUGACUCGGCUCUGCCUACCAGUUCAUCCUUCUAUACCCAAAUGCAAAGCACGAGCCAUUCAUUCCCCGCAAGAAUCGAGCCAACACCUCCUCAAAAGCCAAUAUCAGGCGGUGCAACAGGCACGGAAGGAUCCGGGCGACCAAAGAAUUAUCGCGUGAUUCCAGGCUUGUUCUUUUUCGGAUAUGCUACCAUGAUUCUUGGUACUCUUCAAGGCGUGGGCACAUUAAAGAGUGUGCAGGCGCGUUUGUUGGCAGGGUUGUACGCCGGUCAGCUAGCUCACCCAUUUCAGAGCCACGCUUGGAUUUCCGAGGCAUCAAGAUGUUGUCAAGUUCUGAUUGCACCGAAGAGUUUCGAUGCGGCUUCGGAGAAAAUGCGAGAUCUCAUCACCUUCGCUUUUUGGACCUGUCUGCAGCUAGAAAGUGACCUUCUUGCCGAGCUUGAUAUCCCGGCGAGUGACGAUAACGUCCAUGAUCCCGUGCUGACUAUGCUGUACUACUCUGCGCAAAUUCACCUUCGGAAGGUCUUGAAUCGUGUGCAUACUGACCUGUAUAAAGUAGAGAAAGCGGGCGCGGAAUCGCGUUGGUCAUCCAAUGUUCAGGAAGCAUUAAGUAUGAACCUCGAUCUCUGGCGUAACAGUCUUCCAGACAUCAUGAACUGGAAGGACGGACAAGAGAUUUCCGACGAUAUCAAUGCCGCUCGCAUGCGAGCCAAAUACUUUGGUGCUCGGUAUAUUAUCCAUCGUCCGCUCUUAUAUCACGCUCUCCAUUUUGGCAACGCUGGCACUCGCGUAUACCCAGCUGGCCAGGCCGCUGUUGACUCGCCCACGAGUUCAGCAACUACUUCUCAGACGCAGAUGUCUCCAUCCAUGCCUACCGGCGGCCACCGGGCCUCCGGCAUGGCACGGAUAGUGAGUGAUUUGGGCAGUGCCCCAAUGGCUACGACCUCUUUCCCCAAUGGCUGGACGCGUCCUAAGGUCAAACUCGACGAUCUCCCUUCCAAGCUUCGUCGUGCCUGUGUCGUCUGUGUAGACUCCGCCAUUAAGAGUACAGAGGCUUUCGAUGGUAUCAAAGAUCGACUUGUAGUCACCAAUAUUUUCGGCACAGCUCAUGCCCAAUUCGGAAACAUGCUCGUCCUCGCCGCGACAUACCACUCCGAACUCCGAGAGCUCGUCGAAGGCCCCAAAUUCAAGCGUCUUUUGCGCCGGACAAUCAAGUUUUUGCUCCGCAACGAAAACAUCUCGCCAACCUUCCGGGCCGACGCGAAAAUUCUCACCGAAAUCUUCGAAGACACCUUCCCUGGCGAGCCGCUGGACCUUUCAUAA